CCGACGCAUGUCGCAGAAGGGGCCCAUGCGUGCUGACCAGUUGGUGGCGCCGCUAAAACCAGCUGGCACCGACGCCGCUCCGGGCGGUCGUUUCCAUAUCACAACUGCAGUCCUCCCGAUGAGUCCAACGAUGCUGGCCUCUGCCUCGCCGACCGCCGUCGGGUCGCCGAGCUCGUCGGCGGCCUAUGCGCGCCGACUGCCGCCGACCGAGACGCCGCUUUUGCAUCUCACAGACGGCGAGAAGCGCGAGUACGCGUCGACGGGUCACCGCGUCUGCGCCGAGUUUAUCAAGCUCGCGGCCCUCAGUCGCGACACCAAGGUGCGCUCGACGACGCGCGACGCAGCGUUUUGCCGCCAGACGUCGACGCUGAGCAACGUGCCGUCGCUGCAGGCGUACAUUGACCGCGUGCACCCGACCAUCUUUGACGGGCUCGACGCGACCAUGCACGUGUGCACGAUUGAGGACGCGGACGACGGCAACCGCCACCACAUCCGCCUCCAGUGGGGCCUCAUCCAUGUUCCUUGGGGUCACGACCGUGAGUUUACCUACCUCGAAAUCCAGCGCAUCUUUGUCGACGAUCAUGGCCACCGCGGGUACGCGCGGUGCCUCUACUCGGUGCCGCUCUCGAUCCAGCUGACGCCCGUCAAGCGACUCCUCGGUACGCUGCACCACUCGGGCAUCGUCGUCAAAGAGACGUCGACGCCCGGCGUCUUGGAAGAAGUCGUCCUUGUCAACAUGGCGCUCAUGGGCCACGUGCCGCUGUGGAUGACCAACAUCGUGGCCAAGACGCUGCUCAAGCGCACGUGCCAGCUGCAGCGGUCGCUCAUCGGGCGACCAUCGACGCGCCGGAUUUCGAUUUGGACCGAGACGGACACGCCAUCGACAACAACCGCCGAUGCGACCAAGAAGCUCUGCAAGCGGUGCACCAAGCCGCUCGCGUGGUUUCGUCUCAAAGCCAAAUGCGCCGUCUGCCUCGAGAUUGUGUGCCGCGACUGCUCGACGCACUGGGACAUUCUCUGGAACAAAUCCGACCGCGUGUGCCGGCUCUGCCACGGGCACGUGCUCUCGAUGCAAGCCAAGACCGCCGCGGCCCACGCGCUGUAGCCAGCCCUUAUUUUUUAACUUAUAAGACCAUUAACAACUACAAACGACCAUGAACAACUAUAACACAUGCGACCGAGUG